UUAUUUGUAUCAGCUGUUGUGUGUGUGUUUAUAAAUAAAGUGCAAAUAGGCUCUUCAUUGUGACCUUUGAGAGAGAUCCCAGUUAAAUAUGAUUCCUGGUCGUACCCCGCGGUCUAGCUACUUCCCCAGACAGCGCCGAGCCAGAAUGUGGCCCGCGUCGCAGUACCACUCGGGCGCCCACCAGCCGGGCAAGCCCAACGAGCACCAGAACCAGCAGAACCUCAAGACGCUGGGCAUGACCUCCGCUAUCUCUAUGGCAGGUCCAAAGCCGAUCGACAUCGAGAAGACGAAUGAGCUCAAAGAGUCCCUCGUUCCCUUCAACGUGUUUGAGUCAGAAGACGAGAUGCACCAUCGUAUGGAGGUGCUGGGCUCCUUACAUCGCCUGGUCCGCCAGUGGAUCCGCGACGAGUCGCUCCGCAAGAACAUGCCUCCCAACGUGGCGGAAACCGUCGGCGGGAAUAUAUACACCUUCGGAUCGUACCGGCUCGGGGUAAGUGGUCCGAAGACUCCUUGUAUGGUCCUCGCUUCGUCGUACCCCGCGGUCUAG